AUGGGUGAACUUGAGCAUCGGCGGGUCAAAUGUUUCUACGCACGCACAAACAAAACAUUUGGUUUCAAGAGGCAAAUUACCAAACAGGAACGUCGGCAACGUUUUCUGCGCAAUGCAAGUUUGAAAGAAAAGCGGCAACGUGAAGCUUCGGAACAUUCAGCGGACGGCGCACCAGACCCCAAGUGUUACCGCCAAAGUAGCGCCCACUCAAUUCCGAACAUUGUUGACGACCCUCUCCCAAAUAUUACGCCAAAAGAUCACUAUCAAAUUUCCGACUCGGCAAAAUCAUUCGAGCGUAUUCCGAAGUUUCUGUCAGAAAAUGCGGGUGACCCCGCACUUCGUAAUUUUAUGCCUUUGCUCAAAGAACAUCUUCUGGCACGAAUUCUGGGUACCAAGAACAAUGACAACACCUUCACGGAUCAAGAUCUAUCAACAAUCCGAUUUGAACACGACAGACUCUACAAACACAGGACCUUACGCAUAAAUUACACCAGCUAUGACAUGCGGUGA